AUGUACGCCGAAAUCCUGACCUGGAUUUUACUGCCAUACACAAUGAGGCCUUGCUUCUGGAACAAGAACAGCGUGGACAAGGAGGUAUUGAUACGACAUGCGCCGCUGCUGUGGCAGGGGAAGCCAGCUCUUUCCCCCAAGAGAUGGGAGUCCCAGCAGGUGUGGCGAGAAGCGUAUGCUGUGUGCCGGAGGACCAUCGCGCCACCACCGGGAGAUGGGUUUUUGGGCUACGUCCGACCUGCAGGCCGGCGACCGGUUCGGGUACCACCAAAAAGUGAGAUUCUUGUGUGGGGCCGGACGACCAGUGGGCCGUGUGGGGCUGAUUAUGCUGCAGUUCUAGAGGCUAUGCCUGAAGCGGAAGCAUGGGGAAUAGCCAGAACCCUAUCUGUGGUGCGAGGCGGGAGGGUCCCUGUCCGUGUCUGUAACCCACAAUUGUACCCAGUCUAUAUAGGACGCUAUCAGAAGCUGGGCCGGUUAUACCACGUGGAGGAGGCUGAUGUUCAGGGAGCCCGUGACCUGAGCCUGACCAUGGGUCCGGAUGGUGUUGUAGAGGUUGGCCUAGUGGACACUCCGGACUCCAAAGAGGAACACACCGAAGAGGGGGUGAACAAGCUCGUUGACUGCCCUCAUUUGACCCAUCAACAACAGCUGGAGCUCCAGGCUCUGCUCCAGAAGUGGAGAAAGGUUUUUGCUACAAAUGAAGAGGAUUUUGGGAGGACUGACUUGGUUCAGCAUCGUAUUCACACGGCAGACGCCCCUCCCACCAAAGAAAGGCAGCGGCUUCCUCCCAAAAAUGUCUAUUACUACCGCUGCCCCGACCACCGCCGCAACUAUGUGAUGUCCUUUGCCUUUUGCUUCGACCGUGAGGAUGAUGUUUACCAGUUCGCCUACUGCUACCCCUACACGUACUCCCGACUGCAGCACUAUCUGGGCAGUCUGGAGCGGAGGAACCUGCCCUACCUGAAGAGGGAGCAGCUGGGCCUCAGUGUGUUGCAGAGGAAGCACUUUGAGGUUUCCCUGCGAUGUGGGAAGGGCAAGGCUGUGACACUAUUAGUCACUUCUGACACGACCAGGCCCCCGUCUGUGGAGCAGAUGGGAAGAGUGGAGACAGCAGACCUCCGUGGACACACCGGUGCACUGGCCAGUUAG